CAGACAGUGAGUGCGAACCGCCAAUAAACCAAAGGAAGAAGAAGUAGCCUCCGCGCAUGCGCAUCCGCCCCUGGUCGGGUAGUGAUCCUCCUGUGUAAACAGGAGAAGAAGACUCUGCUCUUCUCGCAUGUUUACCGCGCUAUCUUCAACAAUGUCGCCGUGACGUUGUUGUCUGACGCAUUUCUGCUGUGUUGUUGUCCGCGCUUGGUGGACAUGCUGAGUGUGGACUCCUUGCAAGUGGCAGAAGAGGAGGUGGUGGACUCCAGCGCCACUAAACUGGGCGACAUUUUCACCCUCAUGGCCAAAGGCUGCUUCCCGCAGUCGAUGCUCGACCAUCCCGUACGGAAGAAGAAUCUCAGGCGAUAUUCAAAGAAAUUUAUCAUCGACGAUGGCAAGCUGUAUUACGUGGGCUUAAAGAAAGAGGAGAAACGAGAGGUGGUGAUCGAGGCUGAAAGGAAGAGACAGAUCUUCCUCGACUGCCACUUUAAUGACAUUGGCCAUCAUUUGGGUCAAAAGAAGACAGUCCACAGAAUUCAGAGGAAGUACUACUGGCUGGGAAUUAUUAAAGAUGUGGUGGACUGGAUUAAAGUGUGUGACAUUUGCCAGCACACAGAGAGGAAUAAAAACCGGGCGAGGACAGUUCGUCCAAUCCAAGUGGAUGCGCCGUGGGAUAUCAUUGGAAUUGACCUUAUAGGACCUUUUCCAGAGACCCAGCAAGGCAACACACAUGCGACACUCCUCAUCGAUUACUUCAGCAAAUGGCCCGAGGCGUUUGCGGUACAAAAGACCGACGCUGUGUCUGUUGCCAGAUGUAUUUCCAAAUGCAUGUCCAGGUUUGGCGCCCCUAAAACAAUGGUGUGCGCACAGAGCGCAGACUUCUGUGAUGAGGUGACAAAUCUGCUGUGUAACAGAUGGGGCGUCGUGCAGAAGGUCUCUCCUCUGGAUCAACCUCAGCUUAACCCGCUGCAUGACUGCACCAGUCCCUUGCUAAAGGAGGCCAUCUUUCAGAUGGUGACGGACAAGCAGGCAGAUUGGGACGACUUCCUGGACCCCGUGCUGUUUCUAUUCAGGACGUCCGUCAACCCGACGACAAAGUUCACUCCUUACGCUCUCAUGUUUAACCGGAAGGCUAACACACCAAAACAGGCUACACUUGGUCCACUUGGAUAUGAAGAAGAGUCAGACGAGUAUUCUUUCGAGGAGAAGGUUUCAACGUAUAUGACGAUAAUGCAGGAACAGCAGAACACUGUUAAGCAAUUGGUGAUAGCCAACAUGAAAGCAGCCUACAAAGAGGAGAAGAAGGACGUGAAACGAAGGUCACUAAACAACCCCUCCAAUCUGCCCUUUUGUCCGGGGGAUACCCCUUCCACGAAAAAAAUGAAAGAAGAGUGUUUAUAUUUGUCUUUCCCUGUGGAGACGGUGCUGGCCACCGAGCAAAGCAGCUCUGAAGAUGUAAAAACUGCAAUAACGUAUCACUUGUCUGAGUCUGACAUCCACUGAGUCUUUAAAAACUUUGGAAAGGAGCGUUCAGAGCUGCCACAGGUUUUGGCGAGGGAACGCUGUGUAAAUUGUAAAAAGUUGUCUGUAAUAAUUACCAGCCUUAAUUGCCUGUGCUGCUUUCCAUAAAAUCCCUAUCUAAUAUUGAAAUAAACUAAAUUAUUUCAUCCCAUUGUAGGAGAUUGUAAUUAACCGGUGGUUGCAACCUAAUUUGCUAUUUUGAUGUUAUCUGUGAUAACACACAUUAAUCAGAAAUACAAAGAAAACAUAUACAGUACAUUAGUUUGCAGCAUUUUACAGUCUAAAAUACUAUCUUGCUGUUAAUGCGUUCAUUUCUUCAACACACACAAAUGGAUGAUGCUUUUUAGAAUGCGUCAUUACAUUAAUUGAUUGAUUGAUUGAAACUUUUAUUAGUAGAUUGCAAAGUACAGUACAUAUUCCGUACAAUUGACCACUAAAUGGUAACACCCGAAUAAGUUUUUCAACUUGUUUAAGUCGGGGUCCACAUCCCUAAAAAGGAUUGCAAUUGAGUUUAAUUUAAACAUUUCACACGUUGUACAAUAACGUAAUGUUCAUGUGACGUCACUUCGACUGUGUCGUCACAAUGCAAGUAAGACUGGUAUUUUUUUUUUUUUUUUUUCGUCAUAAAAAAAUACAAUCAUGUGUGCUUAUGGACUGUAUCCCUUGCAGACUGUAUUGAUAUAUAUUGAUAUAUAAUGUAGGAACCAGAAAUAUUAAUAACAGAAAGAAACAACCCUUUGUGUGAAUGAGUGUGAAUGGGGGAGGGAGGUUUUUUGGGUUGGUGCACUAAUUUUAAGUGUAUCUUCUGUUUUUUAUGUUGAUUUAAUAAAUAAAUAAAAAAUAAAUUUUUAUUGUAUUUCUUGUGCGGCCCAGUACCAAUCGAUCCACGGACCGGUACCGGGCCGCGGCCAAGGUUGGGGACCACUGCUCUAUAUCUAACAUUAUGUAUCAGUCUAAUUGAUCUUUUUUGUAACACGGUUAACGAUGUUCCUUUACGUCUUUAACAAAUACUUUGGCUUCUUCCUGUCCUCGUAUUAACUUGACGUACAUUUUACAGUUGGCACUCCCUGGGGUGAGUUUUAGUCUAAAACGCCACAACAAGAAAACAUAUAAAAGAACGGGAAGUUAUCUAUCUCACUAUGCUAUAGUAUCGACCCGACACGGAUACUGCCAUUGAAGUCUAUGCUGUGAUAUUGGGAACGAUCCGCCCACCUCCACCAGUACAUUAAGUGCAAUUGUU